CACACACACACACACACACACUCAUCUCACACUUCAUCUUCAUCCGCGCGGUUGAUGGCGUAAGAAUAUAGGUCCGUGUGCGCGGUGUGUGUGUUUUUGUUGACGGGUUUGUUUGUUUGUUUGUUUGUUUGUUUGUUUGUUUUUCUCACGUCGACAGAUAAACAUCUCGUGAGGAGCACGCUCGAUAAAGUAAACUGUCGUGUUUUGAUGACGCCACCACCGGGACUUUCCGGAUACGUCACUCGGGGCUUCCGAGGUUCUUCAGCGAGCCCUGUUGUUGUGUUGUCCAUGUCGGCAGCGGGUCGUUAAGGCGGGCAUUAACGUCGUUUAAUACGCCCCGAGAGAGACCAUGACAACGCCAGAGGCUCCCAGCGGCGCCGCAGCGGUUGUCUAUUGAGACGUCGUCGUGAGGAGCGACGGUUCCGACCCAGAGGCGGAAUGUCAACAACGCGGCCCCUCCUCGGAAUGAGGCGAGUCACCGAGCUAACGUACCCGGAGCAGCCGAGCAGCAGGCUCCCCGCGUCGGCCGCCAGGAGCAGCCAGCCGCCGCCGCCGCCGCCGCCGGACCCCCCCACCGUGGACGAGUUCACCGUGCUGGAGGAUAAAGAAGAGGAGCUGAAGUGCGCCAAGCCUCGAGUGGAGCAGGUUUUUAAAGUAACGUUCACCAUCAUCGGUCUGUUGGACCACACGGGACAGCCGCACGGUGGCAAAACAUCCCGGCAGAUAUGGCUGCAGCUCCGGGGGAACAGAGAGGACGUGUCGAAGGCGAAGGAGUAUGUUCGAGGACUCUGCGACCCCGAGCUGCAGAAAGAGGAGUGGUAUCCAGUGGACAUGCACUGUAUUUUUGCUGGUGCCCGGGGCCUCUUCCUGGACAGGCUCAUACGGGACACAAGUGCUGAAGUUCUGGUGCCUGAGCCCGGCCGCCUGCGGUUGUUGGGCAGGGCUGAACCCGUAGUGAUGGCCCAGAGCAGAGUUCAGCAAUUCGUAGCACUAUUCCAGGAAAAACGAAGUCUACCAAGUGACAGAGAGCCUGCAGUGAAACGAGCUUUCAAGUCCUUUGUGGAGGAACGGGAUGAUAAAUACACUAUGGAGCUUCUCCUGCUGCCCAGUGCCCUGAAGGAAGAGUUACUGGGGCUGGCUCAUAGCCCCACUACCACAAACACAUUCUCCCUGGCUCAGCUCAACCAGACACUGCAUCCCAGCAUGGCAGAGGUCGACCAGGACCGCUCACAGAGUAGCACCCCUGUGACGGAGCUCUCCAACCGCAUCCUGGACACCAGCUUUGAGGAGAGAGGGACCGGAGCGGCGUCUGUUGGCGGAGGCGGUAAAGCAGGAGGAGCGAUAGGCUUGGGUCCAGAGGCCGUCCUGCUCAAUGGCACUCGGCCCUCUCACAAGCGGCGCUCGUCUGAGAGCGAGACUCGGGACACAAAGAGACAGUACUCUCUGGAGCGGAGGGAAGAGUCGCCGGAGAGAGCGAGAGAGCGGGAGCGGGAGCGACAGAAGGACAGAGAAGGCCGGGGGGCCAGUAGCAGCUGUAGAUCCAAAACCCCCUCUGCUUCAUCGUCCCUCUCCUCUUCAGCAAAAGCAAACACAGUAGUCGGACCGAUCAUGUUGGACUCUAAUGAAGGAGUCUUAGAUGACGGGGAGACAGUCAGCCCAGAAACCAACCUCCGUUGCUUGGUCAAUUUCUUCAGAACCAUGGGCUACCAGCAGGAAGUGGUGGAGCGUGUUGUCAAGGACACGGGACAGACCGAGGAUACCUUCCUCGUUCUGGAGAAAAUCGUUGAGGAAACCAAGCGUUGUGAAGAGGGGUCAAAGGGAGGGGUAAAAGAAAGACUGAACUCUGUGCGCUCCCCAGACACUCCAUCCUCAUCGUCGUCGUCGUCCUCCUCCUCCUCCUCCUCCUCCUCUACGAUCCCUCGAUUCCCUCGAGAGAUGGAGCAUGAGCUGAGCAGGGCGUUCGUAGACCCGGGCAGGUCCAAAGAGAACAUUAAGCCCAACCAGCAUGGAGGCAGUAGUAACGGUCUGGGGCACCGGAGGCAGUGCAGCGGCAGCGAGACCAGCACUCAACAGGCCAUCACUAUCAAGAGGAGUUCUAGUGCUCAAGGAGGAGCAGGAAACUACGAGGUUAUUACCAUUGAUGAUGACGACGAUAUCAUCCCCACAAAUACCAAAACAGCCGAUAGUAGGACGUCCCGGAUGAUGAAAGUGGCACACCUGGACACCCAGUCGGGAUCCAGGACAGACUACUUGGCGCGGGGAGGGGGCAGCGUCUCCCAGAGGGACUACCUGUCGAGAGGUGGGACCCAGACUUUGGGAGGAUCAGUGAAAGUUGAGAGUGUGACAGCGCUGCGCAGCACGCCUCAGUGGUAUACUGCCACCACCACGUCAUUAGCUUUGACCCCCAGUUCAGCUCAGACUAUCAGCCGGCCCGCAGCCUCUCCCUAUCAGACCAUCGGCCACAUGGGGUUCCAUGGGAUCGGAGCGAGGACUCCCCCUGCGAACGACCCCCCGCCGCCCCCCGUCACCGGUUUGGCUCGUUUCCAUCAGUCGCUGAGGACCCCCUACACUCUGAAGCUGCCCAAUGAGCCGGGACGGCAGGACCUCAGACACAUCAUCAUAGAUGGCAGCAACGUGGCUAUGGCACACGGUCUUCAUCGGUUCUUUUCCUGUCGAGGAAUAGCGCUGGCUGUGGAGACGUUUUGGAGGCGGGGCCACAGGGAGAUCACCGUAUUUGUCCCUCAGUGGCGUCAGAAGAGAGACCGACUCACAACAGAGCAACAUUUUCUAAACCAACUCGAGGACCUGAGACUGCUCUCCUUCACUCCCUCCAGAGAGGUCUGCGGCCAGAGGAUAUCCUCACAUGACGACAGGUUCCUGCUCCACUUGGCAGAAAAGACUGACGGGAUCAUCGUAACCAAUGACAACCUGAGGGACUUUGUCGACACCUCGGACACCUGGCGCAAGAUCAUUCAAGAGAGGUUGCUUCAGUUUACUUUUGUGGAGGACCACUUCAUGAUCCCUGAUGACCCUCUGGGGAGAAACGGGCCACAUCUGGACAUGUUUCUGCGUAAAGACGGCAGGAGGGCUCCAAUCACCCCUCCCCCUCUGAGACCCCCAGACCUGCGGCCGUCCUCCCAGCAGCAAGAGCCGGUCUACGUCCAGGCCCUCCACUCGGCUCCCCGCAGCCAGGCCCCAACGCGGCCCCCUCCCUCCCUGAUGCCCCACCCCACCACACACUGGCCCCACUCGGGUCCUCCCGAAUGGCACCCGCCCCGCCGUUCCCCCUCCCCCUCGCCCUCGCCCCCUCCCCAGCGAUCGCCGGGGGAGACGUCGGAGCUGAAACGAAAGCUGUACGACAUCUUCCCCGACCAGAAGCAACGGAUCGACCGCAUCCUCAGCGACAACCCGUACAUGAGAGACCUGAACGCCCUGUCUGGGCUGCUGCUGGGAUAAACAGGCACAGCAACGAGAAUCAGCAACACACACACACACACACACACACACACCCUCGCAAGAAUAAACGUAUACGUGUCAGCAUAAAACUAAUUUAUUUUAUCAUUUCUUCCAGCCCGGAGGACAUGCAAAGUUUGUUUUUAAAUAUUAUUUUACAGAAAGACUGUCAGCCAGCUGCUAACGGCUAAAAUGUAUGUCUGAUGUAUGAUCAGUUUCUCUGUCCCGCCUCUUUUGCUUUCACAUUAAGAUUAAGUUGAACAAACACUGGUGUCUACAGCAGCUACAUGUUACACAAAUGCCAUCAUCAUCAUCAUCAUCAUCAUUACCAUCAUCAUCAUCAUCAUCAUCAUCAUCAUCAUCAUCAUCAUCAUCAUCGUCGUAGCUCGGUGCCAACAGUCCACAGGGGGUCUUUGGGGACCGGCGCUGGGAGGAAACGUUUUGGACCAAGAGCAUUGAACUGGUCACAUGUGAGUGAGGCACAGAACCUUGGUUUACCGUCAGACUCCAACACGUCUACGGUUCCACACGCUGACCGGUUCUGCAUGUUUUGUUUUUUUUGUUGUUGUUGUUUUUUUUUUAAACUCACUCACACUCAUCCUGGUCUGUAACAGCGAGUCCACCGCGGGGUCGUAUCGGGGUUUUGAACUCAGUGACGGUGACAGUGUACUUUCAGAAAGCAUGAUAAUAUCACUAGCUUCAGCAUCAUAAAGUCUCUGUUAAUGGCCGUUCAUGUUGGACAUUAAGAGCCACGGUUUAAUAGACGGCUUUAAUUUCACAUUUCACAUUAAAAGCACGAGGAAGGUCAGUAUGCUGAGGCUGUAUAGACGAGCAGUUCUGGCUGUGUAGUCUCAUUAUUUCAGAUUCUGCUCGCUGUGUGUGUGUGCAUACAGCACUGCCCAUCUCCUUCCCCUCACAAUGCUGCCUGUGGAUCCUGGCCUCCGCUCCACAUUCACAUCCAGAUGAGGCUUUUAAACAAAUCCUUUCUAAAAUGUUAAAACAAAAACUAACAACAUAUUAAAGAAGGAGCCUUCUUUUUUUAGUCAAAUAAAGUUUUUUUGUUUUUUUUUAAGAUUGCUCACAUUAAUAAGCCCCCUCUCGUAGCUCUGUGUCGUUUCUAAUACACGCUUCAUGAGUGACCUCUGACCGGCUGUGGAAGAACUCAGGUGCUGAAAGUGAAUUUGCUGCUCUGUGAGGAGAGUUCCCGACAUUAGUGGUUCCAUUUAAAGUGUUCUAACGGAGGACGCAGUCACCACUUCUGCUUCCCGCCGUUGUUUUCUGUUCUGAGUUGAGUUGGAAGUUAUCCGCCUCGGUUUGUAGGCGACACAUUUGUCCAUCCGGCUGUGGAUGGAAACACUACAAGAGUUUGAGUUAAACGGCCCCGCUCACAUUAGAAAUCACACACCGUACGUUCGCUCGCCAGAAAACUAAAGACGACAGACUUUACUUUUGUAAUUAGUGUUAAAUAGACAAAUUUAAUGCACUGAAGGUAAGUGGUGGUGUAGUGAGUAAAUCAAUGAGAGCUUAUGUUUUUUUUUUACUCAUACACCCAGAGAAUGUGGGCCGCAGCUUGCAUAUUUGAUGUGCAUCUGAGUUUUGUAAGAUAUAAUUCCUUGUAAUAAAAGAAUAUCUGCACAAAAACUUUACAAGGUGUCAAAAAAUAAGUUUUGUUCGUAUUUGCGCUGUUGUUGUUGUGAGGAUUACUGAAGGAUUUCUUUCUCUUUGGUUGUAUUAUAAUUAUUAUAAUCCUUUUUGUGUAUAUCCAUUUCUUUUUGUAAAUACCAGCGUUUUUGGCUACAGUGCACAUAUGGUUUUAUGUAUGUUGAAAAAUGAAAUAAAUGCGGCAGUCCCCAUAAAACUUUA